AAUCGUCGUGCUAUCGGCGGAUGCAACUGGAGUUCUCGGAUGCGUGGAUUACCACGAAAAAACUAAUUCACUGGUUGGUUUUUCAGCUCCAUUAAAAGACAACGGGUUUCCCGAUUUAGAUGUAUUCAUUGCCCGGACGACCGAAGAUAUCGUGAAACAGUUCAACCAGUACGACAGAGCCAGUCUCGUCAUGAUAGGGAUGAUUCAACCACUUCUUGAUGGGUUAUCUCCUCUUCGUUUGUUUUCUUUCGGCACCAACAGCAAAUAUACUUCUAUUGACGUCAACAACCGACUCAAUUUUGUGGCUUUGAAACUUAAAGCCUUUGGAAUAGAAGUUGCUGCCUAUUCAGCUGACGGCGACUCACGUGAAAUGAAAGUGAUGAGAAAUCGUAUCCGCCUCGGAGCUUCUAUACCGCCUUCACCACAAGCUUCAUCUGACGUACAUUCCAGCCAUCCGAGCCAUUCAACCGAGCAUCCAACUGGUCUUUCAAUAUCUGAUCCCCACAGUCUUCGAAGAAGUUUCCCUUUCUUCGUAUGUGAUUUUCUUCCCAGCUGUAUUAUCUUUUUCCAAGACGUUACACAUCUAGGAGCAAAGUUAAGAACAAGAUUGAACAACACCCAAAAAUCUAUUCCAUUGGGAAACUUUAUAGCUACUACAGCUCACAUAGUCGCUCUUCAAGAGAUCAUAGGUAAAGAUCGACAUGGGCUAAGAGUUGGAGAUGUGCUUCUUGAGGACAAGAUGAAUUAUGAUGCGGUUCGUCGCCUUUCGAAGCCACACGUUCGUGAAUUGUUGUCUCAAUAUGUGCCAAAAUCUGAAGGGACUUGUUUUUAUCUUGAACUUAUGGAUAAUUCAACAUCCAGUUAUCUCGAUAAGAAACUUUCCCCCUUAGAUCGUGUUUAUAGAAUGUGGAAAUCGGUUUUCGAGCUCCGAUACUGGCGUUACUGGAUGAGUUGUGAUAAUGUAUACCCUCUUGGCAAUCACUUUAUUACUUUGAACGCAUAUUUAUGUGUAGAGAUAAAUGCCCAUGCUUUAGUUAUGUUGAUAACAAAGCUAAGAGAUACCCCUCAACUCUUCAAGCCGUGGCUCUUUUCAAGUCAACCGUGCGAAUCCUAUUUCAAAGCUUGCCGUUCAUUCACUCCCGUAGGAAGCACACAGCUGAAUUUUACCCUACUAGAUUUCAUUUAUAGUCGUUGUAAAAAAGUUGAUGUGGCAUUACGGUUAACUGCACUCGGACAUUCAGACAACAUCGUAUACCCAAGGCAUGUUAAAAACCUUGAGCGAUACGGCGGUUCUGAGGAGAGUUUUGUGUGCAAUAUUCUUCCGUCAACAGAUGAGAUAAGGGUUACUAUGGACAGAGCGAGAAUAGACGCAAAAGCAGCUUUGAUGAAAUUAGGGGUUGAUGUAGCCGAUCCUGACGAUCGGGUGUUUGCUUUUGAUUCACGAUUAGCUGCCAAAUUAAACGAGCCUUUGGAGAAUCCAGCCCCAAAAGAAGACGAUGUUAAUGAAUUUGACGAAUGUGAGGAGCUUGAAGACGAGGGCAACGAUCCAUUAGAUAGGAAUGUACUGGAUGAAUAUGAGCAAAGUCUACUUAAUGUGAUAUCUGAAGGACAAUUAAAUGACUAUUCUUCAUUACUGGAAAAAUGUGUCUUGAGAAACGAAAAUAGUCCAAGACCUCACAAUGACCCAGAAAAUGUAAUUCAUAAUAGUGCAUUUGUUGUUGUUACAAGAAGUAACGGAUCUCAAGUCGCGUUUAAAAAAAGGACUGUUGUAUGGAUGUGUGAAAAUGGAGUGAAAAAACAAAGUAAUGACCGUUCUAAGCGGGUAACUCAGGGACACAAUUUUUUGUUAGCAAAAAAACUGAUUGUUCGAGUAGUUGAAAAAAGAAAAAUCCGAAUAGGAGAUUGGUGUUUAUUUGCCUGUGAAAAUAAUUCUAAAAAGAAAAAAUCUCGAGUUAUGGUUGGUCAUGUACUUUCCUUAAGUUUAAUUAAUGUUUCCAAAAAAGAUUCGACGAAGCCAAUUUAUGAUUGGAAAGAAGGUGAUAAAAAUGUGGGCGUUAUUUGUGAUUGGUUUAUACUAGAUAAUAAAAAGCAACGAAUUUCUGGUCUUUUAAUUGAGCAAGCAAUGUUUUCCCAUGGAUUGCACCCUUGUGAAUAUUAUGUAUGCAGUGUACCUUCCCCUACAUUCUCUGUAUCUCAAAAUAAAUCGGAAGUGCGUCUUUCAAAUGAAACAGUUGUGUCCCUUCAGGAAUCAAUAAAAUCAUAUUCUGUGUGAAA